AGACACAAAGGUUCUCCACGUCCCCACCAGACUCAGGAGCCCAGCUGGCUUCACCCAGUGGAUCCCGCACCUGGGCUGCAGGUGGAGCUGCCUGCCAGUCCCGCGCCCUGUGCCCGCACUCCUCAGCCCAGGGGUGGUCGAUGGGACUGGGCGCCGUGGAGCAGGGGGCGGCGCUCGUUGCGGAGGCUCGGGCCGCACAGGAGCACACGGAGCGGGUGGGAGGCUCAGGCAUGGUGGGCUGCAGGUCCCGAGCCCUGCCCCGCGGGAAGGCAGCUAAGGCCCCGCGAGAAAUCGAGCGCAGCGCCGGUGGGCCGGCACUGUUGGGGGACCCAGUACACCCUCCGCAGCCGCCGGCCUGGGUGCUAAGCCCCUCAUUGCCCGGGGCCGGCAGGGCCGGCCGGCUGUUCCCACUGCGGGGCCAGCCAAGCCCACGGCCACCCAGAACUCCAACUGGCCGGGAAGAGCCGCGUGCAGCCCCGGUUCCCGCUGGCGCCUCUCCCUCCACACCUCCCCGCAAGCUGAGGGAGCCGGCUCCGGCCUUGGCCAGCCCAGAAAGGGGCUCCCACAGGGCAGCGGCGGGCUGAAGGGCUCCUCAAGUGCCGCCAAAAUGGGAGCCCAGGCAGAGGAGGCGCUGAGAGCGAGCGAGGGCUCUGAGGACUGCCAGCACGCUGUCACCUCUCAAUAUCACAAGUGUAAGCACAUUAAUCAUUCCAGUGUAAUCAGACUGCAUCAAGGCAGCCAAGGGCAGUUUCCACUAACACAGAAUGUAACCGUUAUUGAAGGCGGAACUGCAAUUUUGACCUGCAGGGUUGAUCAAAAUGAUAACACCUCCCUCCAGUGGUCAAAUCCAGCUCAACAGACUCUGUACUUUGACGACAAGAAAGCUUUAAGGGACAAUAGGAUCGAGCUGGUUCGUGCUUCCUGGCAUGAAUUGAGUAUUAGUGUCAGUGAUGUGUCUCUCUCUGAUGAAGGACAGUAUACCUGUUCUUUAUUUACAAUGCCUGUCAAAACUUCCAAGGCCUAUCUCACCGUUCUGGGUGUUCCUGAAAAGCCUCAGAUUAGUGGAUUCUCAUCACCAGUUAUGGAGGGUGACUUGAUGCAGCUGACUUGCAAAACAUCUGGUAGUAAACCUGCAGCUGAUAUAAGAUGGUUCAAAAAUGACAAAGAGAUUAAAGAUGUAAAAUAUUUAAAAGAAGAGGAUGCAAAUCGCAAGACAUUCACUGUCAGCAGCACACUGGACUUCCGAGUGGACCGGAGUGAUGAUGGAGUGGCGGUCAUCUGCAGAGUAGAUCACGAAUCCCUCAAUGCCACCCCUCAGGUAGCCAUGCAGGUGCUAGAAAUACACUAUACACCAUCAGUUAAGAUUAUACCAUCGACUCCUUUUCCACAAGAAGGACAGCCUUUAAUUUUGACUUGUGAAUCCAAAGGAAAACCACUGCCAGAACCUGUUUUGUGGACAAAGGAUGGUGGAGAAUUACCAGAUCCUGACCGAAUGGUUGUGAGUGGUAGGGAACUAAACAUUCUUUUCCUGAACAAAACGGAUAAUGGUACAUAUCGAUGUGAAGCCACAAACACCAUUGGCCAAAGCAGCGCGGAGUAUGUUCUCAUUGUGCAUGAUGUUCCCAACACUUUGCUUCCCACUACUAUCAUCCCCUCCCUUACCACUGCAACAGUCACAACCACUGUAGCCAUAACAACCAGCCCAACCACAUCUGCAACAACCAGCAGCAUCAGAGAUCCUAAUGCUUUGGCUGGCCAGAAUGGCCCUGACCAUGCUCUCAUAGGAGGAAUAGUGGCUGUAGUUGUAUUUGUCACGCUGUGUUCUAUCUUUCUGCUUGGUCGAUAUCUGGCAAGGCAUAAAGGAACGUAUUUAACAAAUGAAGCUAAAGGAGCUGAAGAUGCACCAGAUGCUGAUACAGCCAUUAUCAAUGCUGAAGGCAGCCAAGUCAAUGCUGAAGAGAAAAAAGAGUAUUUCAUUUAAGAUGCAGGCCAAGAUUCUGAGUUUUACUACCAGGCUGAAUGCUGGAGAAAACUGGCUAUCAUCUUUCAGAAUUCAUUUCUUCCAUCGUCUGCUACCCUUAUUAACUCCCAUACUGUACUGCUAUCAGUAGCCAGUGUAUACCAACAAUCAGCUGUUGAAAGCAUCAUUCUUUAAUUACUGUACCAUCCAUAAUGCAGGACAUUUCUUACUGCCUAAAUUUCACACCAUUGCUCUUUUAACAUACAGUGCUUGAAUAUACAGCCUUAACAAUGUUAAUCAUCUCCUUGGAUCAUGAUAUUGAGUGGUUUUUAUACAUUAAAAAAUGUAUGCAGAGGUUUUCCCCCAUUUUUUCCCCUUUAAGUCAUAGACCUUAUCAGUUUGCCAUUGGACAGCUUUCACAAGUAACAGGAUUAGGGAAGGACGUAAUGUACUUAAGAAUAAGUGGAGGUUAGAGGUUUACAAUUAAUGUUUUCUACAUGUCUGUCUUCAAAGACAACAUGCUUUGGAAACAUAUGUCCUAGAAAACAUAAAAUUAAAAAAAAACACUAUAGUGUAGUUUUUGGAAUGUUGGAGAUUAUACUGGUAAAGCUGUAUCGAUUUGCUAUUGAAAUAUAGUAUUUGAUACAGGAGCCAUGUGUACGAAUUGCAAUCAUGACAUGGUAUCUUCUAUAAUUAUAUAGAUCUUACUAUUAGGAUAUUGUAGCUUCAUUUACUAAUUAAUUAUUCCAAAUGAUUUACUGCUUUUGGAAUCACAAAGAUUUAACUCAUUUCUCUAAUUUGAUUCUAUAAUUUAUUUGCUUCAUAAAGAUUCACCUGCCUAAACAAUAUUGAAGUAUCCAUAGGGCACAAUUUUCAGACAUUUUAGUAUCUGUAUAUAGUGCAUAUAAUAAAUCCAAUUAAACAUUAUUUGAUACAUAUUUAACUUUUUUGGCUGUAUGUAAUUCAGUCAUAAGUAAGCAUUUUCUAACGUCCAUUAUAUCCCUUUAGAUAUUACUUAAACCAAUAUUAUAAGUAGAUAACAUGUAUUAGUAUUUUUGUCUGUAUGUCCUAGCACUGUUCAACAACAAAUUUUUCUAGUUCUUGUUAAUUUUUAUUUGUUAUACAAUGGAAGCACAAUGUUAUAAGGAAAGGUAAUUUUAAGCUAACAACCAGUGCACAGCCUCAGGUUUUAAAUUACAACCACAGUUGAAUAAUAACCUAAAAAUAAAUUUUAGUUUGCUAAAAAUUUACAAAUUUUCAUUUUGCAGUUCCAGAGCUGCUUACCUAUGUUGGUUUGCCAAAAAGAAGUGUUUAAGAUAUGUUUUCUGUGUAAAUGAACUAAUUCUUUAUAUUAAAUUCCUGUCUAUGCAUUUUGUGAGGUACAAACUGAUGAAACAGUGAGUGAUAGAGAAUUUCUGCCAUGCUUUUAACUCCAAAGUGAAAGUCUCUUUCUCUGGAUUAUUUUAAGAUUUUGGUGUAUUUAACCAUUAAGAAAUGCUGUAUUCUUAAAUAUGACACAGUUAAUCUAAAGUCUUAUUAUUUCUUCUAGUAAAAUAAAAUAUUGUUAGAUUAGUUCUCAUUAAAUUUAUUAUAUGCUAAAGAAUAAAACUCCAGUUAGAUUUUAAAAAAAUCCCAUUUACAAGCAUUGCACCUUUAAGAAGGAAACAAAUAUGACAAUAUGGUAGCUAUACUUGUGAUGUCUGACGCAUGAUGGCCUAUGGUUUUAAAAAUAGUAUUGUGGAAUAUAUUUUUGGGGAAUAAGAAUGGUUGAGUACAACAUCAUGUAUUAAUAUCAAAUGAAAGACAAGGGUGCUGUAUCUUUGAUUAUUUAUCAAAAAAGUAUAAAUCUUUUAAGGAAAAUGUUAGAAUUUUCAAGUUUUUUUUGAUUGUUGAAGCAUUUAUCUUGUUGAUUUCUUAUAAAAGAAAAAGGACGAUGUCAGUCAAGCAGCACUUUUUCAGAAUAUACAGAACAUAAAUAAUAUGAUGUGGUUGAGUGUUAACAUAAUAAAUCAUAUACAGUAUGACAUUUUAAGGAAAUAAGUCUGCAUUAAUGUGAUUGCAUGCUUGUUUUUACAGUUCACUCCAUACCAUCUGUGGAAAAAUGCAAUAAUAUGUUAAUAUAGUAUGGUAGUUUGAGAGAAUCAGGUAGGUGCUACUAGACACAUUGAAACUAGAAUAGGUUUAUAAACUGUUCAUAUCUUUCAAUGCAUAAUCUUUAGAAAGACUCCACAAAGCAAAAUUCAUCCUGUUAGUACAAAAUGGAAAGGUUCUUAUUACAGAAGUAAGUUGUAUGAACUGCAUCAUCAAUUACUAUUUAAAGCCUAAUUUCAGGAUGCACUUACAAAAUUGCUACUCUUCAUCGAUGCCGUAUUUACAUCCCUCUUCAUUUCAUCUAUAUUCUACUUGGCUCCAACAACUAAAUUGUUGCCUAAAUAACUCAAUCGUUAUUUAUAGCACUGUAAAAUUAGAAAUCCAAAAUCGGUUGCAUUUCAUGAUUUUUGACUCUUUUAACCCUUCAGAGUAAUAUAAAAUCUCAUUAGAACUCUUAUAAAACCAGUUAGCUAAAACAACUAGAUUAUUAUACUAGUUAUAAAUGCUGGUAUAUUAUAAUUUGUGGGAUCUAAUUAAAUGUUUGCCUGUUAAAUAUAGUUUGAUUUAAAUGAGACGCCACGUUCUGAACUGGAGAAAAUAAUAUCAAUGAAGUUAUAUUUUCAUACCUUUAAACAUUAUUUAAUUUUCAACCAAACAAAAAAUAAAUUGUAAAAAUUAUGCUCAUUUCUAUUCCAACAAAUCAGAAAAUAAUGACGUAAUAUUUCUAAAUGAGAAUGAUGUCAAUUUCAUUGUCCGGAACGUGCACACUUGUGUGCACAUAGAGUCAAUUUCUGUCUUUUCUAAGUGAGCACAGUAGGUAGGGAACUCAAUGGAAGCAGUGUGCACACACACACACCCUUAGUAGAAUAUGGAGCAUUAUUCUUUACCAAAAGUAGCUAUUCUCUGCCAGUGUACUGUUUACAGUGUAAAUUGAUUGUCCUCCAUCAAAAUCAAGUCUAAGCAGCAUUUUUCUUUUCUUUUUUAUUUUCCAUUUUUGUGUGUUCUAGAUAGGAUUAUUAUCAAAAGUAGGAGGAAAAAGAAAUGUUUGUGAGUGCAAGAUUAAAGACAGAGCGCAUGAGCAGAGUAUUGAUGGUGUGCAUAUUUGUGUGUGUGUAUGUGUGUGUAUAAGAGAGAAAGAGAAAUCAAAAAGAGAGAGAAAUUUCAACUUGUUUUCUUUUACCAGAGAAUCCAAGAAGCAGUUUAAGGAACCUGAUAUUGGAGUUUAAUCUAGAAACUGGAUGAUCUCAUAUUGAUUCAAGAUGCUUAAUCUUUCAUUGAAACUCCACAAUUAAAAUAACAAAUAGAGAAAGAAAACUAACUUUCCUAAAUAUGGCAAAGAAACUAACACCUCGUCUAUUUUUAUUUCUUUGUAAAAAUAUAAAUAUCUCAAUCAAAAGUACAGGCUCAUUUGUAAUUAUGUACUCAUGAUUGUAACAGCAUUGAGAUUCCAUAUAGGCACAUGUAUAGCAGCUGUUUGAGAGUGAUGGCUCUUCCAUGUAACAUAGCAGUUAUCGUGUAAUUUAGUGCCACUUAUUGCAAAGUGUUACCAAGGGGAACAUUUCAAAUGCCUUUUGUUUUUCUUUGGACAUCAAGAUAACUUAGUGGACAACAAAUAUUAAAUUUUACAUUAUGCUUUUUAAUUGUGGAGAAAAUGCAAAACCUCAUGUCUUACCGCAACUUUCCCAUGGUAUUGCUAAUUACUUAGAGUCGCUAAAAUUGCCCAAUAUUAUUUCCCUUUGCAAAUGGUAAUUUCUGAUAAAACAAUACAAAACAAAAAAUAACCAGUAAUCACAGCCAAAUGAAUGAAACACCCAAUGAGAAUUACUGUUGAGUAAUGCUUUUUAUUAAGUGGCACAAAGUACACACUAAAAACUAUGCAAAAUAUAGGUAACUACAGUGUACGUACAUGUAAGUAUCUUGUACUUGCUGUGUAUGGAUGUUGGAAACCCAUGUAAUUAUAAUAUGCAUUUUGAAUAUUGGGAAAGAGGAAAUCUUAGUGUAGAUAAUAGAAUUUGUUUUGAAAUAUACACUGGCAAUAUUGAAAUAUACUCAGUGCAAUAUCUGCAGUUCUAUUGCUGGAUACUUAAUGCAAAGGGAUUUUAAAGAAUUCUUCAGCAAGAUCCAAGAGGUUGCUAAUCUUCACCUCUCACAUACUAAGGCAUUCAUUAAAAAUACAACUAAUUCAAGGACAAGUUAAGUUUUUCUUAUUAAUGUGACACAGUAACGUUUUUAUUUGGAUUAGUUUUUGGUGUUAUUGCAGAGAAAGAAAUAACCUGAGUUUUAAAUUUUGAUUCAUAUCUCAUUGAAUUGGGAAUUCUUCAAUUUUGUUUGAAAUGUGUGCGUGUUUUCAUAGAUUGUAGCACUUUUAUUAUAAGUACAAAUGUAUUCAAUGAAAGAACAUAGGGUAGUUUUAAUAGUUAAAGUCACUGUAUCUUAAUGGGAAUUUUUAAAUAUCUUUUCUUUUUCUAUUCAUUUUUUCCCUUUCUCUCUCUAUUCUACCCCCAAACAAGCCCUUUGCACUCAUACCCUUCCAAAGGCAAUGGAUUGAAAGUAGCAAGAUAAUAAAGAGAGUUAAAGGGGACGACAUAUAAGAAUGGGUUCUAAAAUCAUCAGCAUUUUUAUGUAUUGAGAUUAUUAAUAUUGAAUGCAAUAGUUAUUGGAUAUAGCUGGUAAGUUCUCUGCCAUGCAUACUUACAAUAAUCCUUCUACCUCUCACUUUUAACAUGGGCUAUGAUACUUCAAUAUAAAUAGAGGAAAUAAUUAUUUACCAGAUAUCCCAGGAAGCAUUCUUAUGGAACUAUUAUAACAGUGCACUCCCCACCCCCUGGGAAAUCUCAAAAGCCAAGUUCUUCGGUGUAUUCUAUGGUGUAUGAAUCUGCAUUUGUUUUUCCUUUUCUAUCAUUAGCUUCUCCUAAAGGCAAAAUAUUAUAACUUUAUAAGAAUAAUCCUUCUCAUGCCUAUUUAGUAUUUCAAUGUUAAUAUAAUUGUAUUGAUUUUUAAAAAUAGUUAAAAUGGCAACACUUUGCGAUCCAAUCUGAUAUUUAAUUUUUAAAAUGUAACAAUUUCUUAUAAAUUCGUGCUGUUUUAAGUAAAAAUCAUGUAUAUGAAUUAUUUUACCAAGUAGUAUUAUCUGUAUGAGACAAAUUUAAGUAUUUUACAAAUUUCUCCUCAUUAAUAAAUAAUCCUCAUAUAAUGCACAGUAUUGCCACAAAUGCCCACUUCAUUUUGUCUGCAUAGACAUGGUAAGAAUUUUUCAACGAUGUAAUUUAGUUAUUCUAAAAGAAAUGACAGAUUCUUCCGUAGGAAAAAAUAAAAACAUGAAUAUCUCAAAUUAUAAUGGGGAAUCUCUAAAAUAUGCUUAAAGUAAGAUGUUUCUAUGCUAUGUGGUUAUAUUAUCAAUAAUAUUUGGUUGAUCUUCACAUAUUUUAUAUGCAUAUGUAUAUAUCAAGAAGUUAUAUAUAUAUAACUCAAGAAACUCAAGUUAUAUAUAUAUCUCAAGAAAUGUAUGAUUAUUUUGGAGAGAAUGGGCCCAAAUGUGAAAAAGAUGUUAAAAAAAACAAAAACAAAACAAACAAAAAAACCCCCGCUAUUUUCCCCUACGAAAUAUACUGUAUAUUUCAAAAGAAGAAAAGUUAAAAGAUAUUUGAAGAUUGCAGGGGCAAAACAAAAACCUACCAGGGCUCAGCACUUAAGCACUUUUCCCACAUCCAGGGUCAAAGCAGCAGUAACUACAUGGAAUUUUAAGUGCGGUAUGAAAUGCAACAUUACACUUGCAAACAGUACUGUCAAACCUCAAAUGCUUUCUUUCUUCAAAUGCUUUUUCCUGUACAUGAUGCUAGUAGACACUUUUCUCUUUAUAUUUACUGAUAGUGAAAAUCAUACGCAAUAAAAUAUUGAUGUUUGAAAGCAGUGGUCACCAAUUGGUUAAAAAACUAUGAAAUGUAAACUGAAUUGUUAUAUCUCUAUCCUUUUUGCUUUUCUCUGUGUUUUUAAUGUAUUGAAUAAAUCUCAUAAAUAGAAAGAAAAAUAAUCUAGAAAUUUUUCAAAGCUAGUACUCUUUCUCCUUAUAAAUGUACACAAUUUUAAUCUUUUUACAAAUUUAUUUAACUGUACCUACUGUACUUAUUGUAGAUUCAAUGACGCAGUUAAGUCAUCAACCAAGGAUUUAUGAAUUUGAGAUUACUGACCUGUUUUCUUCAUAUUGCAUUCACAUCAAUAUUUGUGAAUUUGUUGUUUAGCUUUUCAUUCAACCAAAAAAUAUUCCCUCAAGAAAGCUCCAUUUUUAUCAUAAACAUUUCAACAUAACCAACAUUAGAACAAGUCUGCCAUGUUAAAAAUAAUUUAAAGACUUAUCUCUGUAAAUGGUAUCCAGAAACGCAGGUGUUCCCGGUAAUGUAGCUUCAAAAAUAAAAUGUGCUAUUUAUAUGACAUGAAAUUCAUAACUUUUGGAAGGGUAUAUUUAUGACAGCAUAAAAAAUAAAUUCUGUGCUAUAAAGAAGAUCCAACAAAAUUAACCAUAUAAGCACAGAAAAUAGAGAAACACAGUUAUUGAAUCUACUCUUAUCAUUAACAUUUUCAAAAAACAAAAUGCAUAUUGUAAUAUUUGGUACAUGACACUUGCAUGUUGAUAUGCCUAUAUACUUACAAAGUAUUCAAUGUGUACUUAGCAGCGCUUAAAAUAUGUCAUGUACAACUCUUAUAAACAUUUUUACAGGGUUCCCAUUUGCACUUCAUCUUUCAGUAAAGUCUUGUCAGAAGAAAAUUGUCUGAUAAAUAUGGAAAAAUAAAAUUUGAAUUUUAGUUAUCUGUUGGACAUUACUGAAUUGUCUAUUCAUUUAGUACAUUUUCUUAACCUUGAAAACAGACAUUGAAAGAUGGAACUUUCUUUUUUCCAGUGACAGGUCAUUAAAACGAUGGUACAAAACAUACUUCUUUAUGCCUAACACAUUAUUUUGAAUACCUUUUUUUCAACUGCAUACAUCAUCCAUCCAUUUUAGUUUUCCUCGAUGAUGCCCAUUUUCCUUGUAAAUUUCUAAGUGGAAGUUUUAAAAAUUAAUCAUCAGUAAAAUAAAUGUUAUCUUAUUUGUACAACAUUUAAUCGUUAUUCCUUGGAAUAUAUGAACCUUGUAAAGUGAUGACUAAGGGUAAAAAAAAAAUGUUGCUGACUUAGGGAAAUUUGCUUGAGAUUGCCAAAAUUUUAAAACUCUGUAAAGGUAAUUUUACAUUCUCUUAUGUGUGUUUACUAAUGUUGAGUAGGAACAGAAGCAAAAAUACCUAAACCUAUUUUUUUUAACCUUCACACUCUAACCAGUAUUAUAUAUUUCAGCUACCUAAGACAAUGCAAUUAAUCAUAUAUCCAACCUAAGCUUCUGCCAAUAAGGAUUUCAGAUAAGCUUUUAAAUUUAUGGAGGAUUUUCUUUGUGUCUUUGGAAGUUGACUUACCAUAAAGUAUUUUAUAGUCUACUUUAAAUAACAGAUUUUGUUAUACAGGGUAAGCCAAAGGCUGUAAAAGAUUUAGUGUCAUUGGGUCUCAUAUUUGUGUUAGACCAUGAAAUAUUCCAUUAAAAUUAUC